AUGACACCAAACACUUUAAAAUUAUUUUCAUCCGUCCGUUAUUAUGUCAUCGGUUCGAUUGAUUCCAAUAUUGAAUUGUUAUUAAAACGUGAAGGUGCCAUUCGUUCAUCGUAUCUGACACAAAGUGUUACACAUGUCCUAUGUGACGAUUAUGAAUCAAAUAGAGACGAAUGUGAUUCAGCCAAAGAUAUUUAUUGUAUACCAAUUAUCAAAUCAGACUGGAUCAUUAAUUGUUCAAAAUAUAAUUCCUUUUUACCAGUAGAACCAUAUUAUGCUGAUGGAAAAUUAUUAUUUGAACAUUUCACAUUUGCAAAUGCCAAUUUAAGUCCCACGGAUAAUUAUAAAUUAUGGGCGCUUGUCACAUAUUAUGGUGGUAAAUGGUCGAGUGAUAUUGAACAGCUGAAAUGUACACAUAUCCUCUGUUCAUCUAAACUAUCGAACGAUGAUAAUAACAAUAAUACAAACAAACGUUUAUAUGACGCCUAUCAAAUAGACGUGUCUUCUGUUUUUCUUAUAACGCCCGAUUGGGUUAUGGAUUGUUUGAAAACAAACGAACGACUCGAUGAACGAAAAUAUCAUCCCGAUUUAUUGCUUGAUUUAGCUAAAGAAGAGACAUCGGAGGCGCCAUUAAAAACAGAUGUUAUACCAACUGAAAACAAUUCACUGGGUGAUACUUCGUCGGUAGUAAAAGCGGCACCUCAUCAUAAGACACACUUAUCAACGAAAAACUUUUUUAAUCAAAUGGAGGUUAAUGAAGAUGGUGAUAAUAAUUCAUUAGAUGACACGCCUGAGGAUGAUCAUAUUGAAGAAGAACAAGAAUUUGAUGGUGAAGUAGAAGUUUCAAAACCUUUACGAACAAAAAUGACAAUACCACAGCAACAUGGACUGAAAAAAACAUCUUCAAUUGAUCCGGCCAAAUUUAUUAUUCCAACCGAACUUGAACAGAAAACAUUUUGUCCAACGAUAAUUGAAAUGCCUAAACCACCGCCAAAAACAUUGUCAGAAUUGAAAUAUUUCACCCAAACUAAACAUGAACAAAUUCCCAGCACUCAAUGUUUACUUGGUUGUAUUUUAUUUAUUUAUGAAAAAGAAUACAUUCCAACUGUAUCAACAAAUGAUUUAUUAUCAUGGUCACAAACGAUAUGUAAUAAUGGAGGAAUAAUUACUGAUGAUGAAAAUAAUGUAAAUUUAACACAUUUUGUUUGUGCUUAUCGAACGAGUGAAUUAUUUCGUGUUAUUUACGGACGUGGAAAUGUACGAAUGGUGACAGCGCAUUGGUUAAAUGAUGUUUUACAGAGAAAAAAAUUAUUUGUACCUAAUUUGGCUAUUCAUUUUCCAGCUCCGUUUGAUAUGAGUGAUGUUAAUCAGUUACCAUUAGCAAAAUAUUUGAUAACGUUAUCGGGUUUCGAAGGUAUUGAACGUGCUCGUCUACGUUUUUUAAUUCGAUCAUUGGGCGGAAAAUAUACCGGUUUUCUUGGUAAAUGGCAUUCACAUUUAAUAUGUAAAGAAGAAAAGAAUGGUGAUAAAUAUGAUAAAGCAUUAGAAUGGUCAAUAUCGAUUGUAAAUGGUAUAUGGUUAUCAGAAUUGUAUUUAGGAAAUACGUGUGCACUGAAAACACCCAUUGAUGAACGUUAUACUCGUUUGAUAAAGGGAAUUGAUCAUUUUUCAUUUGAUUCUAUAUAUGUUCGUGAUUUAUUAACAGCAUGGUUAAAACCACUGCAGGUUACUGAUCAUAUGUUAAAUAUUGCAAUAAAAAAACAUAACGAAAAACAGGAACCGGAUCCAUCUACAAUUCCUUCUCUGCCUAUAGCGGAAGAUAAUACAAAUGGUGACAUGGAAUCUGCAUCAAAAAAGAUACGUCGUACGUAUAAUGAACCAUGUAUACCCCAAGAUAAAACAACAUCAGCAAUAACAACAUUAACAGACGUAUCAGUGAUGUUAAGUGGUUUUAAUAAACAAUCUCUAGCUCGUUAUGAAGAAAUUAUCAAAAAUUUAGGUGGUCAAAUAUCAUUGUUACCUCAUUGUACUACACAUUUAGUAAUGAAAAAAUGUUUACGUACAGAAAAAUUAUAUGAAUGUUUAAAUUAUGUUACAUACAUUCUUAAUACAAAUUGGUUAGAUAAAUGUGAUCGUGAAAAACAUUUUGUUACACCAUCAGAUGAUGAUUAUUUACUUUACAAUGAUUAUAAACCAAAUACAAUCUUACGUUUAUCAACUGAAAAACGUUUAUCAAGAAAUAAUAAACUCUUGUUUUCUGGUUAUACAUUUUUUCUUACACCAAGUGUUCAACCAUCAAUAUCCAUUUUAAAAUCUAUUAUUUAUUCAACAGGUGCUAAUAUUAUACGUGAAUUUCCCUCAUUAAGACAACUCAUUACCCGUGAUCCAAAAACACAUAUACCUAGUGUAAUACUAAUAUCAUGUGAUGAAGAUAAAAUAUUAUUAAAAGAAUUAAAAAAUGGUUUAACAAUUAAUACUUAUCGUAUUGAUUUUAUUCUAGAAAGUAUAAUUCGACAAGAAGUACUUAUUAAUGAUGAACAAUAUAUUUUACGAUUGUGA